AUGUCCGACAACGCUCCCAACGCCGGCGUUGCCCAUCGCCGCAGCUCCAUCACCCAGGCUGCCCUCUCCAACCUCUUCCAACGCGGGCCCUCCAAUGGAAAUGUUCCCCCACUGCCCGGCGCUCCAAGCAUGACUGACCCCCGCGGUCGCCGCCUAUCCGUGAGCACCAUUGGCCUCUCCGGCAGCUCGCCCACGAACCCUGCCGCCUUUGUCCGCCGCGAGAGCGUCUCGACCACUUCCAACGCCGGCUCCAACGCCGGCUCCAUCGACGAGUCUGCCGUCGAGGAUGACGACUUUGUCCCAGGCAGCGCUAGAACCACGCCCAACACGCCUUUCACUCGACGCAUGAGCUUCGGUGCCUCGGCCGGCUCUGGCUCUUUGAGGGGGUAUCGCCCCUCCAACAGCCCUGGCAAUGGUAAUACCAACCCAACAACUCCUCCUGCCCACCCGCAGCAGGCCCAGCCCCAACCUGCCCUCGCCCGCCGGCUCUCCACCAACAAGUCGCCUCCCGUGGCGGCCUCGUCGGGCUGGUCCGUCUCCGGGCGCCGCCCAAGCACCGUCCUGUCGUCGUCUCUACCACAGGCAAGCUUCACCAUGCACAAAAGAGCCCCUUCUGACUAUGCAAAUUCUCGAGCAGACCAGCAAGGCUUCAACUGGUCCGAACAGUUGAGAUCCCGCGCAGAGAGCUCCGUCGCCAGCGCCCGACCCUCCUUUUCCUUCGCUUCUGGCUCGCCUACUAGGAUGGCCCAUGACCGUGCCAGGUCUGUCUCCGAGAUGGCUUCGCCUCCCAGUCAGGUGCCUCCUCCCGUGCAGCCUAGGCAAGAUAAGCCCAAGCCCGAUGCGUUCCAGGAGAGGAUUCUCAAGGGAGAUUUCUACAUGGAUUGA